UGUUCUAAAUGUGUGACAGCUGAGCGAACAGCAGCAAACAAAACUCAACCCAGUGGAAAGUUUUUCGUAAAUUUAGCUCGCACUUCUAAUUUUACUUUAUACCGGUGUAGUACAACACGCUAAACGUUCAACAUGUCGGGCAAACUCAUUCGUUGGGGCAUCGCAUCAGCUGGCAAGAUCAGCGAGGAUUUCGUUAUUGCCUUGAGCACUCUCCCAGCCAGUGAUCACAAGGUUGUCGCUGUGGCCGCUCGUGACCAGGCCCGAGCUGCUGCGUUUGCAAAGAAGCAUGAAAUCCCCACAGCCCUUGGCAGCUACGAAGAGCUGGCCAAGAGCAAGGAUGUGGAUGUGGUCUACAUUGGCGUGCUGAAUCCCCAGCAUUAUGAGGUGUCGCUGCUGAUGCUGAACGCUGGCAAGCAUGUGCUCUGCGAGAAGCCACUGGCCAUGAACCAGAAGCAGGUCCAGGGCAUCCUGGCCGCCGCCAAGGCCAACAAACGCUUCUUCAUGGAGGCCGUGUGGUCGCGUUUCUUCCCAUCAUACCAGCAUGUGCGCCAGCUUAUCCAAGCUGGUUCUCUUGGUGAAAUCAAGGAGGUCGUUGUCAAUUUUGGCUUCCCCUUGGAAAAUGUGGAUCGUCUGCAGAAACGUGAGUUGGGAGGAGGCGUCGUCUACGAUCUGGGCAUCUACACCAUUCAGGCAGCACAAUGGGCCUUCCAAGAGGCACCACAAAAGAUCGAAUCGAGCGGCACCACCAAUUCCGAGGGCAUUGAUGAUGACGUCAGUGCCACACUCACUUACAGUGGUGGACGCACGGCACGCCUACGCGUCUCCUCCAAGGAGAAACUAGACAAUUUGGCCGUGAUCAAGGGCACCAAAGGACAAGUGACGCUGGUUGACUUCUGGACGCCCAACAAACUGAUCGACAUCGAUGGCAAGGAGAAGGAGUGGCUGCCACCCAAGGGCAAGCAUACCACCAACUAUGCCAACUCCGAGGCCAUGCGCUACGAGGCCGAGGCAGUGCGUCAAUCCAUUCUUGCCGGCGAUGUGGAGAACAAGAAUGUCAGCUAUGCCGACAGUUUGCUCUUUGCCCAGAUCGAGGACACCAUUCGCCGACAGGUCGGUGUGCUGAACAAGUACGAUGAGGAAUAAAUAUUUGUAUUUAAUAACUAUUAUAAACGAUAAAGAAAUCUAUUAAAAAUCUGUAUAUUUUAAACUUA